AUGGAUGACGAUGAAGGCGCCGAAGCCAACACAACCAUCAGCUCAGGAGGGGCUGGUGGCGGACUGACGCAGCGCCGCCCCGCGGCAUCCUCCGCCCAGCCCUCCCAUCCGCCACAGCCGCCCGCACCGCCCACGACCUCUCUGCCGGCGCCGCCGCCGCAGCAGCCGCAGCGGCAGCGGCAGCAGCCACAACCGCAACCGCCGCCCGGCCCCGGCCCCGGCGCGCUCGCCGCGGCCGUCGCGGCCGCGCGGCGGCGCGGCGAGGGGCCGCUGCCCAUCGGGUGGCUCAUGGAGUUUUCAGAUCCCGAGGUUGAGGCGGCAUACAGAUCGCACGCGCAGGCCGCGGUGCGCGCCGCCGACACCUGCAACCUUGUAGUCAACUCGCUGCUGGUGAUGUCAGCGCUCCUGCGCCACCGGGUGUCGCACCCCUGGGCCGGCCUCCUCGCCACGCCCUCGCUCCUCGCGUGCGGCGCGUCCGCCGCGCAGUCGGCGCUGCUGCUGCUGCUCCUGCUCUCCGCGCCGCAAGCGUACGCGCGCUGGCGCGGCGCGGCGGUCGCCGCGGCGCGGCUCUACCGGCUCGGCGCGUGGGUGCUCUUCACGCGCAAGGGGCUGGAGCUUGGGCCCGUCGAUGACGUCACCCUCCGGAUGCUCCUGUUCUCCCCAGCCUCGAGCAACAUCGUGUUUGUCCUGUUUUAUCCGCUGCCCCUCGACCUGCAUAUCGGCCUGCUGGCACUGACGUCGCUGGUCGCCGUCGUGAGGGGCGCCCCGGCCGCGCCCGCGCUGCUCGCGGCGCCGGAGCUGCCGCCCGCGGCGCAGGCGGCCUACGAGCGGCUCACGCGGCUGGCGCG